AUGGGUGAAAAGAGAAAGUCAGAAGCUUUCACAGCGGCAUCUAACCAUUGGGUCAAACGCUUCAAAAAUGAGGCGGCCCAUGCUGAGAGAGAUAUCACCACAGGAAGUAGCAUCAGGCGAGAUGAAGUUGCUCCAAAACCUACCAAUAACAUCCCUUCUCAGAUUAAGCUUUUGUAUAACCCCAGUUAUCCCCAGGAGGACCUUCCCAAAGUGAACCAGGAUACAGUUAGAGUUGCCGAUUUAAUUGGAUCAGCGGAUAUAACAGAAACGUUUCAAUUCAACUUCUGCGUUGAUCUCCCGUUCUUUCUAUCGUUCUUGCACCCGAGCUUCAAAACUGAAAAGAAGAAAAUAGUCUUUAUCACCGGGAACAAAUUGUUGGAUCCCAGUAACGAGGAGGCGAAUUCAAUAAAGACAAACUAUAAUAUACUGGAAGUCCAUGCGACCUUACCAAACAGGUUUGGAACCCAUCAUACUAAGAUGAUGAUUAAUUUUUACAAGGACAACUCAGUGGAGGUGGUCAUUAUGUCUUGUAACUUGACAAGGCUCGAUUUUGGUGGUUUGACACAAAUGAUAUGGCGAUCAGGACGAUUACUCACGGGGGAAACUACAAGGACCAGAAGCUCAAGGUUUAAAAUGGAUCUAAUUGCAUAUUUGCGCACGUAUUCAAAGCCACAGGUAGACAGCCUUGCUAGGUCAUUGGAACUGUACAGUUUUCUGGGAAUCGAUGUUGAGUUGAUUGCAUCAUCACCUGGUCGUUACAACUUGAACCAGGACUGUUCUCACUAUGGAUAUGGAAGUCUAUUCGAUGCAUUGAAACGGAACAAUCUAUUGAUAGAUAAUAAGGAUAAGGUUCGCCAUUAUAACGUUUUGGCGCAGACUUCGGCAAUUUCAUAUCCUUUUGCCGUUGAAAAAUGGGCUACAGCUGGAGUUUUUACUCAUUUGCUUUGUCCAAUGCUCUUCUCAAAGGACGAAGAGUUCAAAUUAUUAGCACCAGGAAAGGAGAGUUUGCGCAAUCAUCAAUCGAAUCAUAAUUACACACCCUCUAUUGUUUUUCCGACGGUUGGUGAUGUGGCUGCCAGUAAUGUUGGCUUCAUGGCCGGCCAGGCCAUCCAUUUGGACUAUUCUCGGUCGUUUGUUCAUAAGAAUUAUUACGAGCAAGCGAUUAAGCCAUAUUUGAGAAAAUGGAAUUCGGGCGAGGGUAAUCUACUUACAGGGAGGGAGCGUGUUAUGCCACACGUGAAACUAUACAUGUGCGAUAAUGGUGAUGAAUGGGGGUCUCUAAAAUGGUGCUAUAUGGGAAGUCAUAAUCUAUCCAAACAAGCUUGGGGUAGCAGAAAAGGUAACAAAUUUGUAGACGAUGACCCUAGUCAGUAUGAGGUGAGUAGUUACGAGCUAGGUGUCCUCGUUGUGCCAAAAACAGGAACAACAAUGAAAGCAAGCUAUCUCAAGGACAAGGGUUCCGAAGAUGCAGUAUCAUAUGUUCGAAUGCCAUUCAAACUUGCACCUACUGCAUAUUCCAAAGACGAAAAGCCUUGGAGUGGACAUGUUUCGUACGGAAAAUUGCGUGAUACCAAGGGCAAUACGUAUAAUUUACCGAGUUGA